AGCGCGGAUGCGCAAGUGCGCGCACCGAGACCACUGUUCGCUAAUAGUACCCUGCAGUGAAGUAUCAAACUUGGGACAGUGAAAUAGAUGUGGUUGAAUAUUAUAGCACUCCAAUAUCAAAGGAUAAGCCAUAUUGUUUUAUAAUUGCUGGGAAUGCCUCUCACGCACGCAUUUUAAGAAUGGCCUCUUCUUAUUUCAACAGUUACGUUUCUUUGAGAACUCUUUAGCAAACCACAGACAAUGGCCGCCGUCAUAUUUUAUGUACCAAACAUAAUCGGUUAUGUUCGAUUGUUGUUGCUGUUUGUAGCAUUCCUUUGGUAUCAAAAUCCCUUCUGGUUCCUGCUUGUCUACAGUUUCUCAGCUAUACUGGAUGGUAUUGAUGGUUACAUGGCUCGCAAACUUAACCAAGUAUCAGAAUUCGGGAGUUUAUUGGAUGUUGUUGUGGACAAUAUUGGUCGAGGGAUGCUCUGGUGCCAUCUGCAUAAAUAUCUUUACUUGAUAUCAGUUGUGGAAUGGUUAACAUUAGUGUGUACCCACUGUAGAGGACCAAACUGGAAGGCUCUCAAGAAAAAACAUCCUUGGAUUAUAGAAAGAGUUAUGGACAAAGGGUUCAAAACUCCAGCAGGAGUAUUUACCAUAGCAGGUCUGCAUGUUUUUCCCAUUCUACUGUAUGCCCAAAAACAAAAGUUACUCAGGACAAUAUUAGGCAUGUCUCUUUCUCAGGAAAUGGUUCUUAUCAUGUUCUUUAUGUCUGGCCGUCUUCUCUGUCUCAUAGUUGAGUUCUAUUUCAUCUACCAGCAUGUAGAGCAGCUUUGCAGAGGCAAACCAUACACUGGAUCUAAACAAACUCACUGAUAAUGAGUUGUGGCGGCAACAGCAUAUUUCCUAUCAAGUUAUUUACAGGCUUUCCUAUAUGCUGAGAUGGAAUAAAGAGAAUUAUGGACAUUAUCAACAACAGCGUACAAGAGGGAUGGUAUAGACAUGAAGAAUGAUAGUUGGGUGAAAAUGCCAAACAUUGCAACUAUAAAAGAGCACUAAAGAUGGGAGAAAUCUCAAAGCAACUGAGCCUACUAAUAGACCAACAAAAUAGAGAAGCUGUGUUAAAAAAUUACCUGUCCAAUUCAUAGCAGCAUGUAAAAAAGCUAAAAGUAUAUAUGUGAGUCAGUAAUGUCCCACAUUUCUUUAAACACAUUAUUUCCUCUACCUUUGUCAUAUUUUCAUCGUCAAAUAUUUAGAAAGGAUUGAAUCACAUGGACCUUUGCUUCUCUUUCACAAUCAAAGAAAAAUAAUUUUGAUAUUGUAAUUCUUUUCCUUUCUACAAAGGAAAUAGAAACUCCAUAUAAAACAGAGAAUCUGUUGGAUUCCAAACAAAACUAUAAUAAAAGGUGUAUAGAGCUACUAAAGAACUCAAGUUCUCAUAUCAUGUACAGAAUACAGUUGCACAUUUCACCUACCAAGCAUUUUGCUACUCGUACCAGAGGAAUUAAUCAAUUUUACUAAAAUGUCUGAAAAUGGAUUGUAAAUAUUGGAUAUCUUAAAACUGAAUUCCUACAAGCACUAAGAGCCUCUCUGUUCUAAUAUUGACUUUGUCAUGCUUGCACAGGUCACCCGUUUCCAUGCAAGAAAAUAUUUCAUUAAGGUCAGGUAUUUUAAGAAAGUAAAGUACACUAUUUGUGGGAAAUGAUAAUGU